AUGGAUGACCCUUAUCAAAACAAUGUGCAAGGUAUUGAAGGAGAAACCUACCACACCUAUGGAGAAGGGGGUCAGGAUGGUUAUCCCUACCAGUCUGACUACCCUGCCCAGGAGGAGGAUGCAGCCAGCGACGUCACUGAGGGUCAGGAUGAGGAUGACCAGAUGUAUGAGGGCGAAUACCAGGGCAUCCCUCACCCAGACGAAAUCAAGGAGGCCCGCCGAGCAGCCCGUCGGGAGGCCAGGAUGAAGGCUAAACUAGCAGCCUUGGAAGAGGAGGAGACGCUGGCAGAUCAGUAUGAGGCCAUCAUGGAGGACUGCGGACACGGGCGCUUCCAGUGGACCCUCUUUACUGUGCUGGGCCUGGCGCUCAUGGCCGAUGGCGUGGAAUGCUUCGUGGUGGCCUUCGCCCUGCCCAGUGCUGAGAAGGACAUGUGCCUGUCUAAUGCCAACAAGGGCCUGCUGGGCCUGAUCGUGUAUGUGGGGAUGAUGAUGGGAGCAGUCAUGUGGGGGGGUCUGGCUGAUAAGCUUGGACGCCGCCAGUGUCUCCUCUAUGCUCUGGCCAUCAACUGCAUCUUCUCUUUCCUCUCCUCCUUCGCCCAGGGCUAUGGCUUCUUCCUGUUCUUCAGACUCUGCUCUGGAAUUGGAAUAGGUGGCUCUGUCCCCAUUGUGUACACGUACUAUGCAGAGUUCCUGCAGAUGGAUAAGCGGGGGGAGCAUCUGAGCUGGCUGUGUCUGUUCUGGAUGCUGGGUGGCCUGUACGCUUCCUUCACCGCCUGGGGAAUCAUCCCUCAUUAUGGCUGGGGUUUCAGUAUGGGCUCCGAGUUCCAGUUCCACAGCUGGAGGGUGUUUGUGCUGGUGUGCUUCCUGCCCUCCGUGGUUGCUCUUGCUGGACUCGUGUUUAUGCCUGAGAGCCCUCGCUACCUGCUGGAGAAUGCGAGGCAUGAUGAAGCCUGGAUGAUCCUGCGGCAGGUCCACGACACCAACUGGAGGGCAAAGGGUGAACCAGAGAGAGUGUUUGAAUUUUCCCAGAUUAAGACGCCCCACACUCAGGAUGAUGAUUUCAUCGAGAUUCAGAGUGAGACCGGCACUGCCUUCCAGAGAUUCAUGGUCAGGCAAAUGACCCUCAUCAAACAGGUGAUGAAGAAUUUACUGUCUCUCGCUGCCCCUGAACUGAGACUGCCUGGCUUGUUCAUUGCCAUUGUUUGGUUUACGAUGGCCUUCAGCUACUACGGUCUGUCAGUGUGGUUCCCUGACCAAAUCAAGUUCCUGCAGUAUGAAGAGUAUGAGCUGAAUGUCAAGGUGUUCCACCGUGAGAAGGUCGAACGCUUUCAUUUCAACUUCACUCUGCAAAAUCAGGUUCACAGAGAGGGCGAAUACAUCCAUGACAGGUUUGUCGGCAUAGAGAUCAGAAACGUGAAGUUUGAAGACUCGCUGUUUGAAAACUGCUAUUUUGAGGACAUCAAGUCCACAGACACCUUCUUUGAGAACUGCACCCUGCAGAACACUAUGUUCUACAACACCGACUUGUGGAAAGAUUCAAAGUUCAUUGACUGCAAGUUUGUCAAUGUUACAUUUCAUCAUCCAAAGAAAGGCUGCCAUCUGAACUUCCAGGAGGAGAAUGACGUCCUGAUUUACAUAGUGAGCUUCCUGGGCAGCUUAUCUGUGCUGCCCGGCAACAUCUUAGCAGGUCUGCUAAUGGAUAAAAUAGGAAGAAUCAAAAUCAUAGGUGGCUCCAUGCUGGUGUCCUCUGGCUGUACCUUCUUCCUGCUCCUCUGCUUUAACCCAGGCGCUGUAAUAACCUUCCAGUGCCUCUUCUAUGCAGCGUCUGCAGCAGCCUGGAACGGAAUAGAAGUGAUAACAGUGGAGCUCUAUCCAGCCUCAAAGAGAGCGACUGCUUUCGGCGUGCUAAAUGGUUUGUGCAAGUUGGCUGCCAUCAUCAGCAUCUUCAUCUUCUCCAAGUUUGUGGGGAUCACUAAGAUUGUUCCCAGCCUGCUGGCCUUCUCAGCGCUGGUGUGUGGAGGGCUGCUGUCCUUCAAGCUUCCAGAGACACGUGAAGUCAUCCUCCAGUAA